CUCCAUUUGUUUUUAUAUGACAAAACCACAAAGAAUCAAAAGAUAAUGCAAAACUGGAAAAACGCACAAAAUUUGAAGCUUGAAGAAUCGACGAACAGAAUCUACUUCGCAGGCCCUUUGCCCCAAGGCUGAAACCACAAAGGGGGGAAGGGUCUGCUAUGGCGAAAAAGUCAGAGAAGUUCUCAGUAGAUUUCGUCCUAGGAGGGACUGCAGCUAUAACAGCAAAAUCUGCUGCUGCACCGAUUGAGAGAGUGAAGCUUUUGCUGCAGAACCAAGGAGAGUUAGUGAAGAGAGGACAGCUUCAAAGACCUUAUGGGGGUGUUGGUAAUUGCUUCAAGAGGGUCUACAGGGAGGAAGGUGUCUUGUCCUUCUGGAGGGGUAAUCAGGCCAACGUUAUAAGAUAUUUCCCCACACAGGCCUUCAACUUUGCAUUUAAAGGCUACUUCAAAGGCCUGUUUGGAUGCUCAAAAGAGAAAGAUGGUUACUUAAAGUGGUUUGCUGGAAAUGUUGCUUCGGGGAGUGCUGCAGGAGCUACCACUUCUUUGUUUCUUUAUCACCUAGAUUAUGCAAGGACUAGAUUGGCCACAGAUGCUAGGGAGUGCCGUAUCAAUGGGAAACACCAAUUUAAUGGGCUAUUGGAUGUUUAUCGUAAAACCUUGUCAAGUGAUGGAAUGCCAGGUCUCUAUCGAGGAUUUGGGGUUUCGAUAUUGGGAAUUACUCUUUAUCGUGGAAUGUAUUUUGGGAUCUAUGACACCAUGAAACCUAUAGUUUUGGUUGGACCUUUUCAGGACAAUUUUGUUGCUAGCUUCUUCUUGGGUUGGAGUAUCACCACUGUUUCUGGGGUAUGUGCAUACCCAUUUGACACUCUACGGCGGAGAAUGAUGCUCACGUCUGGACAAUCAGCCAAGUACCAUAGCGCCAGGCAAGCGUUUGUUGAAAUUGUUCGGGUUGAAGGUUUUUCAGCACUGUAUAGAGGAGUCACAGCGAACAUGCUACUAGGUGUUGCUGGGGCUGGAGUACUUGCUGGAUAUGAUAAGCUGUACAGAAUUGUAAAUAGACCUAAGUAUAGCCUCAGCUCUCAGAAAGCCUUCAAAUGAACCCCAUAUCUCUUAUAGUAAUUAAUUCUCACCAGUGUUACUCAACUUGGAGGCCGUUGUUGAAAAUAUGUUGGUAGUUACAAAAGUUGAGCACAAUACGUUGGAUGCAGCUCUCGCCAUUGGAUUUUUGAUUGGAAGCAGGAUUUAUCUCCUUGACUGCUCCCUAUUACGAUAACUUGGUUCAUUAUUGCUGAAGCAUAGAUGAAUAUAGCAUGUAGCGAUUCCCUGGGAAAUCUUUGUUUUCUAUGUAUAGUCUUAUGAUGCAAAAGAAAAUUGAUUUGUCCAGCCAUUAUUUGUUUAUCUUCAGUUCUCUAAUUCUCUUA